UUUGUCAUUUGGGUUUAACCAAAAGAUUCUAAUAUUAACUGAAAGUCUUUCUCGCCAUGCUAAGCAGUCCCCUGCAGCGCUCCUGAGCUCUGGAUGGUCUCGUCUGGAUGGGAAGAAAGGUUUGCCCUUAACUCAAGCUAAAACCUCAUGGAGACAAGGGCUGCUGUCAGAGGGAGGCUCUAACCCAGCAGGCUGCAGAAAGGACCCACAGGCCAGUGAUCCGGGGCUCGGAUCAGCGCGAAGGCAGGAAAAUGGCGGAUGAGGAUAUCUAUGAGAACAUGCUGAUGACGGAAGCUGCUCCCCAGCCCAAAGGAAACCCUCCCCAGACAUUGGUCCCUUGGCGUCACAGGGCGCAGGGCAUCGUCACUGCUGUCUUUCUCCUCCUGAGUCUGGCCCUGGCCACGUCCCUCCUUGCUGUGACGCUUCUAUAUCUCCGGGCACAGAGCAAGCUGCAAGCGGUUGAAGAAGCGGUGCAGAAGCUCCAAGUCUCUCUGCAGCCUGACAACGCCUCGGACGCGUCAGCAAAGGGAUCAGACAGUCUGCAGCUAUUGGAUGAAGCGCAGGCAGGAGUCCGGCUGCUGAAAGCCCAGCUGGGUAACGUCAGUGCAGCGUAUGGAGAAAUCCAGAUCCGGCUGGACAUCAGUGCAGCGCAAGCAGCAGUGCAAGGUCGUUGUAGUGACAUGCUGAAAAAGCUCCCCAGGGGCUGGAGGUUUUACGGCAGAACAGGAGUUUCUCUCCAGCGAGACCCAGGGACAAGAUCACUGGAUUGGACUCAACGACCGGGAGACCGAAGGCAGCUGGCGCUGGGCGGAUGGCACAGAAUACAGAGCAGACGCAAGCAGGGGGUGAGUAAAGCUUGA